AAACCCGGUCCAAGCAUCUGGAUGGUUAAACUAGAUUAGAGAUUUAUUUGUGGAUUUCACGCCAAAGGAGAGGAGGGAUAAGGUGCUGACUGCUGGAGUGAAUGCAGUUUGCAGUCAGUCUCUGGGAGCUCCUCCUUUAUCGCUGAAGAAGACAGUAACAUCACAUCCACUCAAUGAGACUAGGAGGGCACGAGAGAGGAUUGCAUUCUCCAUUUCACGUUGCUCUCCUAUAAGCUUAUUAUGAGAAAACUUUUCACCCCAGAACUUGGAAAGAGCACAUUUGAGAUCAUCACUCCUAAGAUAAAAGUCAUGAUUGUGUAAAAAGAAACAAACAAAAAAAAAACAUUAAUUCUCCAUCCAACAGUUACUAACACUACCUACAACAAUGGGCUUAAAUCUACUAAAGUCUAACAUCUUGGUGAAGGACUCUUUCCUGGAAAUGCAGUCCUUAAGUUGCAGGAGACAUCAGCAUCUCAGAAAAAAACUAAGGCCUGUGCGUAUUCUGGGGAUGGUCUUGAGUCUAUUAGCAAUAAGCGCUUUUUCAUUUUCCUUCAGUGCCUUCACUUGGACCACACAUUAUAGCACAAAGCUGUUCAGCAGUCCGAACAGCCUGCAGUCCUUGCCUGUACCACACAGAACUUUGCUGGGCACGGAGGAGAAGCAGGACCAAAAUGUUUCAACAGGUUCACCAGCUGCCAUGAAAAUGAAAGCUGAAGAUAACAAAACUGAACCUGCCCAUCAAGGAGACUAUCCGAAAGACCUCUUCAGCCUGGAGGAAAGAAAAAAGGGUGCUGUUGUUCUGCAUAUGUUUGGGAUGUUAUACAUGUUCAUAUCUUUGGCCAUUGUAUGCGAUGAGUUUUUUGUACCAUCGUUGACUGUCAUCACUGAGAAACUUGCCAUCUCUGAUGAUGUGGCAGGAGCAACAUUCAUGGCUGCCGGAGGCUCAGCCCCAGAACUCUUUACGUCUAUUAUAGGGGUUUUCAUCUCUCAUAGCAACGUUGGCAUUGGGACAAUAGUAGGUUCUGCAGUAUUCAACAUCCUUUUUGUCAUUGGGAUGUGUGCUUUGUUCUCCAGGGAGAUUUUAAAUCUCACCUGGUGGCCACUCUUCAGAGAUGUGUCCUUUUACACCAUUGACUUGAUUAUGUUAAUUAUCUUUUUCUUGGAUAACGUCAUCAACUGGUGGGAAAGCGUGUUACUGUUGUCGGCUUACGCAACCUAUGUGAUCUUCAUGAAGUGCAAUGUGCAAAUUGAGGGAUUCGUGAAAUCAAAAUUAAACAGGAAUAAAGUUGUAGAAGUUUCAUCAGCAGAGGCCCAACCAAAGGCUGAUCCAGUUGAAGAUGAGAAUAAACUGACGCUCAAACCACGUCUCCAGAGAGGUGGAAGUUCUGCAUCGCUGCACAACAGCCUGAUGAGGAACAGCAUUUUCCAGCUGAUGAUUCACACUUUAGACCCGCUCGCUGAAGAGUUUGCUGAUUCUGAACAUGGGACAUAUGGGAAGCUAAAAUAUUAUGACUCAAUGACAGAAGAAGGGCGGUUCCGAGAAAAGGUGUCUAUACUUCACAAGAUUGCCAAAAAGAAAUGCCAAGCAGAAGAUAGCGAAAGACCAAAUGGUGUAGCAAAUCGUGGCGAUAAAAUAGAGCUUCCAAACAGUUCCAAUGUGGAAGUGGAAGUGACCCCACCGAAGGAUGGGGGAGAAGUUCAGAAUGGAACCGUGUCACAUGGUAUUGAGGCAGACGGACAGGGAGGAAAUGAUGGAGAGAAUGACGAUGACCAGCCCCUGAGCCUGGCCUGGCCAGACACGAACCGCAAACGCUUCACCUAUUUCAUUAUCCUACCCAUUAUCUUCCCACUGUGGCUCACUCUUCCCGACGUCAGAAAACCGAGUUCUAAGAAGUUCUUUCCCAUCACUUUUUUAGGCGCCAUUUGCUGGAUUGCAUUCUUCUCCUACCUAAUGGUCUGGUGGGCACACCAGGUUGGAGAGACCAUCGGGAUCACUGAAGAGAUUAUGGGAUUGACAAUUUUAGCAGCUGGGACAUCCAUUCCUGACCUAAUCACAAGUGUUAUUGUGGCACGCAAGGGCCUGGGGGACAUGGCUGUGUCCAGCUCAGUGGGGAGCAAUAUUUUUGACAUUACUGUAGGGCUGCCUUUUCCUUGGCUCCUGUACUCGUUUAUCCACGACAUGGCACCUGUGCAGGUCAGCAGCAAUGGCCUGUUCUGCGCCAUCGUGCUGCUGUUCAUCAUGUUGCUGUUUGUCAUCCUGUCCAUCGCCCUCUGCAAGUGGAGAAUGAGCAAGCUCCUGGGGUUCAUCAUGUUCCUGCUAUACCUUGUAUUCCUGGUCAUCAGUGUCAUGCUGGAGGACAAAGUCAUCACGUGCCCCAUAUCCAUUUGAGACGCACGCUACUGCUGCAUCUAUUUUUGGGGGGCGGGGGGGGGAGGGUUUACGUGGGUUAAGUGACAUAAUAACAGGCCUAGCAUGACUUUGGAUGUAGACAACCUGAAAAGAAAUGCUUAUCAAAUCCUCUAGAUGCCUGGCCUGGGUUUGCAUGCAAUAUUUAUUCAGAAUUAAACAGAAGUAAGAAAAAGGAAUGAAAUUAGUGCAUUACUGCUGGCACCAAAUUAAUGGGGGAUGGCGAGAGGAGAACACAUUUUCCAUGGUGAAAGAAUCAAGACACUGUUCUCCAAGUUUUGAGUGAUGUGCUUGAACUGAAUUAUCUUCUAUAAACUGAAUGGUAUACCAUAGUGUAUAUAGACUUUAAAAAUGAGUUUCAGCUGGGAGUUCCCAAACCAUCUAGGAAAAGAUAGGGGCUUGACUAUUCAUCUAGCCAGUACAAGUACAUGCAGAUGGAACAUUUAGUCAGAAACUGAUAAUGCAAAGCUAACAAAUGUGCUAUUUAAUUGUCCUCAACUCUAUUUCAUCCAAUGUACCCUGUGUAGAAGUUGUGUCAGAAAAAAAUAUAUUAAGCAGAGUAUUCAAGUUACUGCAAUGCUGAAAAGAUUCUGCAUUAUACUUGGGUCCCAGAAAGCAAAGGUAGGUUUAGUAAGAUUGCAACUGCCAGCACAUAUACUUUAGCAGGCAUUAAAACAAUGUAUCAAAAAUAAAAAAUAAAUGUUAAAAAAGUUGCUUCUAUGCUCCUAUGGUAGAUAUUAUGACUUCAGUGGUUAAGUAAAUAAGAAUGUGCAUGUCAAAGCUUCUUGGGGAGGGAGGGAUUUUUUUUUUCAUCUGUGGAUUAAUCUUGUGUACUGUGCAGUCUGCUGUCAAAGCUGGUUAUAUUACCUUUCAAGUCAGCUCUUACAUAAAUGACUGACUUAGUUCCUUAAGAAGAUUCUUUUAAUGUUCUUUGCAGUGGCUGAGUUAUGAUUCACCUUGAGUUUCGUAAAUGUAGCAGUUCCAUCCAUACUGCUUGCAGAAACACUUGUAUGAUAGAGUUGUAAUGUUGUCCAUACCAAUCAGGAAAAAUACCACUGUUUGUAAAAUUAGUAUGAAAAUAUCUAAGUAGAAACUUAACCAUGCAAUGAAAUAUCUAACCUUCCUUAUAUAUUCACUGUCAAGAGCAAGUAUGUCUAGAAUAUAUCUAAUAUUAUAGUAUAUGAAAAGCUAUGUGUACAAAAUAUAUAUUUAAAUAUGCGUGUUGAUUUUACACAUCCAAAGCUUAAGAGUGUGUCAAGGUAUUGUUAGGACUAAAAACAAAAAGAUCAAGUCGGUAAUUUAGGUUUUCUACAUCACAUCAUAUUUAUUUCUGUAACAUCUUUUUUAUUUUUUAGUUGUGUACAAAUAUCAUUUCUACAGCUUAUUCUCAUCACUUGACCAGGUAAGAACAGAAAAAUGAAACCUGAGGUGCUUUUUUAUUACUAUGUUAUUAAAGCAGCUUUUAACCACAUAGGAAAACAACGGUUACGUCAUUUGCACUUCAUAAUUUAAUUUUAGCACCAGUGUUUAAUCAAACCUACCCAUAAAUACAAACAUACUGUAGCACUCGACCGUCUUUCCACUGAUCCAAUGGCAACACAUUUCUUUUUAGUUCUACUGAAUAUGUUUUGAUUGAAUGUUUAAAGUUAUGGUUGCAGCAGGUUUUCCUUCCAAAAUAACUGGAGGGAAGUAAUUAUUUUCAUGCAUGCACACAAUCAAUCAUAACUUUAAAACACUUAUAAAAUCUUCAGUAAUAAUAAUUUUGAAUCUACAUUGGCUUAACAAACCUGUUCAAGGAACCUGUUAUACUGCAUCUAUAAAUGUGUUAUUAAAGGAUGUGACAUUCAUUAAGGAGGAUCAAGUGACAAUUAGAAUCUCUCUGCCAUCCACUUUCAUUUGGAUUCCCAAUCCUGAUAUUCUGUGAUUACAGAACGUCUGGAUAACUAACAUCACAAAGGAUCCAUACCAACAGCUGUCUGUCGCAGUCAGGUGUGCUGCUUGGACUCAAACAUCACAUAUUAACUGACCUUAAACCACUUGUCAUGUAACAGCUAUAACUGCAGGGUACACCUAGUGUACUUUGAGUACUUACUUGACUUUGUAUUGGAUUGUAUCCACUUGCAAGCCUGUUAUCAGCUUAUACAUUGGCUGUGCCCUGUAGUAAAGAUGUGAUAUCAGUGUAAAGCUGCAUGCCAUGCCAUGUUACUUUCUUAAGAAAGUUACAUAUAAUUAUAAGACUGCAUUGCUAGGGCAUGUUAUCAUUAAUACACAUCUAAUAUUGUUUAUAAUGUCCUUUAUAGCACAUUUAUAGUACUGAUUAGUUAUAACAGAUCCUCAAACUAAAGCGUUACCAACAAAUUACAAAACCACCUUCAUAAGUUAACUCAAACUUCUUUUUAGCAUUAGUGUAGAUUUAUUGUAUUUGUAAGAUAAAUCAACAGUCAGAAAGCUACUUCAGGCCAAUUAAGUUACAUAAGAGAGCCCCUUCUUAGUCCUUUUCUUUGUAAAAAGUCUAAGCAGCUUCAUAUACUGGGCUGGGUACCCAGUGGUAGCAUCAGUAUAGGGAAUAUGAGCUUGUGUUUCUCACAAAGUAAUUUAAACCACUGUGUGUUUCAAGGUUAUUUACAUUAUUUAAUUAUGUUUUUAUUAAUUAAUUAAUUAAUUGAUUGAUUGAUUGAUUUAUGUAUGUAAACCAUUUAAAAUGUUUAACUUUUUGAUCCACAUUGAACUUUGUCCAUGCCCAUGCUAUACUAUACAUUGUAAAUAAAAAAUGAAUAUAUAUAUAUAUAUAUAUAUAUAUAUAUAUAUAUAUAUAUAUAUAUAUAUAUAUACACUGCUUAUUUAGCAAAGAAUAUUCAUUCAUUCUCUCAUACUAUUUUUUAUUUGUUAUUUUAUAUUUAAGGCAACAUAACUGUAGCAACCUUCUGAGAACAGUUAUUUACCAAAGGAAUUUGUAAGUAUUCAAUUGAAGAGUUGGUUUAAUAUCUCCAUGCAAGUUUAAAACACUGAAGUAAUUGCAAUGGUUUCAGUGUACUCGUUUUGGUUAAACUAAACUGACAAAUACAUGUAUCUUAGCCCAUUACUAGGGGUGCGUUUUACAAUCCAUUUCAAGCUGCUUGAUGUUUCAAGGUGACCACAAACAUGUAUUUUAUCUGCUCACUUAAUCUACAGUAGCUGCUAUUCGAGAACUAGAAGGCUUGUCACUAUACAAUAAGCAUUGCCUUGGCUGUUGACAGCUUUCACCCAUGUUAACAGAUAAGUGUGAAAGAUAAUGAAUAAAAUGCUUGAAAAUGCUGUUUUAUAUACAGUAUAUAUAUAUAUAUAUAUAUAUAUAUAUAUAUAUAUAUAUAUAUAUAUAUAUAUAUAUAUAUAUAUAUACAGUUGUAGUCAAAAUUUAUAAUUUAUAAUUUCUAGAAAUUUCCAAAAAUGCUAAUUCAAAAGUAUUCACACCCUUUGAUGCUAUGAUAGUAUUGUCUACAAGGUGCUAGAAAUUUCAAUAUGAUAAUGCAGAACCUACUUCUAGAAAAGUCUAAAAAAUGCUGGCUUGUAGGUGAACAUUCUUAGAGAGUACAAAAGAUUUAAGCAUAGGAUGAUUGCUGUCAUUACCAAUAAGUCAAUAUGGGAAAAAGUAAAGAGCUCUCUGAAGACCUUAGACAGAAAGACCUUAGAUUGUCAUAAAGCUGGAGAAGGAUACAAGAAGAUUUCUAAGCAUUUGAGUAUCCCGAUUUCAACUAUUGUUUCUAUUAUCAAGAAGUACAAGACUUACGGUACUGUCACAAUGCUCCCUCAGUCUGGACGAAAGAAGAUUCUUUCACCAAGAAGAAUUGUGAAGAAGGUUAAUAACAAUCUGAGAUUGACUGCCAAAGAUAUUCAAAGUGAAUUGGAUGCAAGUAGGACUGUGGUUUCCAUUUCAACCAUAGGUCGAGUAUUGCAUGGUGAAGGUCUCAAUGGUCGCAGGCCAAAGAAAAAGUCACUCUUAGGAAAACGUCACAAGGACAAUCGCUUAAAGUUUGCAAAACGUCAUUUGAAUGAUGGAUAUGAGUUCUGGUCAAAGGUUUUGUGGAGUGAUGAAACAAAAAUCAAGCUAUUUGGUCAUGUGGAUAGUCUGGUGAGGCAUACAAAGAAAAGAACACCAUAUCUACUGUCAAGCAUGGAGGUGGUAAUAUCUUUCUAUGGGGCUAUUUUUCCUCUAUUGGCACAGGAAAUUUAGUUCCAAUACAUGGUAAAGUGGAUUCCAUAGCAUACCAAAAAAUACUGGCCAAUCAUCUGAACCCCUCCGUGACAAAACUUGGUUUAAAGCGCAACUGGACGUUCCAACACAACAACAAUCCAAAGCACACAUCAAAAUCUACUUCAGAAUGGUUAAGAAGAAUAAAAUCAAGGUUCUGGAAUGGCCUAGUCAAGUCCUGAUCUAAAUCUGAUUGAGAAUCUUUGGUCUGAGUUGAAGAAGGCUGUGCACAAGAGAAGUCCUCGGAAUUUGAAUGAACUGGAACAGUUUUGCGUUGAAGAAUGGUUAAAAAUCACUAAAGAAUCAUGCCAAAAGCUCAUUGGCAAAUAUCCUAAUCGUUUAAAAGAGGUGAUUAUUGCUAAAGGUGCCUCAACUAGCUGUUCAUUUAAUUUAGCAUUUUUGGAGUUUUGCACAAAAAAAAAACAGCCGAAAUAAAUAUUGUAGACAUCUAUUUCUUGUUACUUUUUUUCCUCAUCCACAAAAACAAAACUUUUGCUACAAAAGAUUUGUCCUAAAAUUCUUUGUUUUCGAGAAAUUUCUAGAAAUUAUAAAUUUCCAUUGGGGUAUGUAAACUUUUGACUACAACUGUGCGUGUGUAUAUAUAUAUAUAUAUAUAUAUAUAUAUAUAUAUAUAUAUAUAUAUAUAUUGAAACCAAA